AUGAAGGAAGAGUUUGAAAUGUCCAUGGUUGGUCAGCUGGCGUAUUCUCUAGGACUGCAACUCAAGCAAGGUUCUGAAGGAUACUUUAUCUCACAAGAAAAGUAUGCUAAGAAUCUAGUCAAGAAAUUUGAUCUGGAAUCAUGUAAACCAUCCAGGACACCUGUCUCUACAUCCACAAAAGUAUCAAAAGAUGAAACAGGUGUAUCAGUGGAUAACACAGUCUAUUGGAGCCUGAUAGGCAGUCUGUUGUAUCAAACUGCCAGUCGUCCAGACAUAAUGUUCAGUUUUAUAGCUGCUCAACGAAUUCUGAAAUACAUCAAAGGAACAAUUCAGUAUGGUCUACGGUACUCCAAGGACAGUGAGCUGAGUCUGAUUGGAUACUGUGAUGCUGACUGGGUUGGGAACAUUGAUGACCAUAAAAGCACGUCUAGUGGUUGCUUCUUUGUUGAUCAGAACUUGUCCAGAACAAAGCAUAUUGAUAUAAGGCAUCACUACACCAGAUACCUGGUAGAGUCAAAUGAGAUUGAGUUGGAAUAUAUUCAAACAGAGAAACAGUUGACUGAUAUCCUGACUAAGCCCCUAGACGCGAACCAGUUUGAGAUUCUCAGAUCUGUUCUGGGAAUCUGCAGAGUUGAUUAA